AUGAGUAUUUUCUUAGGAUUAAUUGUGCAUGAUCAAGUACCUAGAGAUAGAUACAUAAGGGCAUUGACUGAAAUAGAAUAAUUAAUUUAUGUGCAUAAAGAAGAAUUAGUAAUUUUGAAUUCUGAUAAUAUUUUGAAAUUCAAAAUCCAAAAUUCAGUAUUUUGGUUACCAAAAAAUCCCAUUUACCUGAAUACAAUAUAUUAUCGUAUUACUGGAAAUGAUGAUUUGUAAUCAGCCAUUGAAUUGAUUUGGGAUUGUCUAUGCAUAUUAAAAGAGAAUUUUCCAUCUAAAUUAGAGUUGUAUUAGGAGAAUAUCGAUGAAUUUAAUUUGAAGGAAUGGGAGAAUGAACUAUUAAGGAGACAACUAAACAAUUUAAAUAAUCGUUAAUCAAAUGAACCUCUUACAAAAGAUGAAAUAGAAGAUGUUUUUGCAAUAUUGAACAUUGCUUAGUAAUUAUAAAAUGUAAAAGGAUAAGAAAUAUGUCUCAACUUAUUGAAUUAAGUAUAACCAUUUUUCUUACAAACAUUAUCAUAAUCAUAUUUAGAUUAACUAGAAUAAAUAGCCAAAGGAUAACACAAAAUUAUUGCAAAUUCUUUAUUAAACAAGAUCAUCAAAGUCACAUCUAAUACAAAUAACUAAAUUACUUAAAGACCAAAUAACCAUGAUUAAGAGUUAAUCAAUUUUAUUAGAUAGAAUCCUCGUUAUGAAUAAUAAUUUAGUAAUAGCUCAAUUAUUUUUUAAAUGAAAGAGACAAACGAAAUUGAUAGAAUUUGUUUUUAUUUAGAUUACACACUUUGCAAGAACUAAAUGUUACUAAAGUCUAUUAAACCUACAAUACAAACUAUAAUAGAAAAAUAUUAUGACGGUUAAUAUGGAUUAGGCUAAUCAGAGUUGACAAAAUACUGUGUAUUCCAUACAUUACUUGGCUAAACAAUUUUGAAUAUCUAGCAAUUUGAUACUACUACAAUUUAAAAAAUAUUUGUAAUAUUUGAAGAGGGAAUUUUGAAUUGGAUUCAAAGUCUUGUUUAAAUGUCUCCUAAGUAAAUUUAUACUCUGUUUCCGAGUACAUUGUUGCAAAUCUAUUAAAAUUAAUAAUAUUCAUCAUAAAUAAAAAGCCAUAAGAGUAACAUAUUUUCCAUGAUUUGCAAUAAAAUGGGGAUGACUGCCAAUAAUAACAAGAGUGACUAACAAAAAAUCUACUAGAACUUAGAUGAAAUAAAAUGCAUAUCUCCAUUGUUAGCUCAAUUUUUAGAAUAGUUAAUAUGA